AUGGAACCACAGAUGGAGACUGGGUCACACCUCCCGGAGAGGAUCGAUCCCUUGACUCCCGGUCAAGAAGGACUUCCAGCCGGGUCUAAUAUCGAUACCGAUAUCAAGAUGGAGGAUGUAAGCGAUGCCGGGGCCACGCGUCCGCCCGCACCUCCUAGCAGGUACGAGUGCGAAGGAGCUCGACUUGAUGGGAACUGUAAACAUCUUGAAGAUCUGAAGAGGCACAUCGAGAACGGGCAGGUGCUUCAGCUCCAACUCGAUCGGGUAACCGACAGCGACCUCGACAAAUGGGCUAGUCAACUCCGCACGGCCAUCCGCGAUUUUGCCAUCCGCUACUUCGAGAGCGAUAGCCCCUUUCUAAACUUCCAGGAGAGGUUCAAGAUGGCGCAGAGAGCGGCCGGCUUUGAACUGAUGGCGGAAACCACGGUGGGCACAGUUGAUUUCAGGAGCUUUCUCUCAUCUCCGACCAGAUGCAGUGCCGUGAUUCAGGCCUGUAUCUGGGCUUUUCUUGACCGCGAGGUAUUUUCGAAAUUCUGUUGGGCCGGAGAGUUAUCUGAUGAUGUUGUCCGUAUAUAUGAAAAGCUCUGGAAUGCUGCGGAGGACGUUGAGGGCGAUAGGAAAGUCAAGGCGUGGGUCGUUUCAACGACAAAACUCUUCGUCGAUCUCGAUGGAAUUGAGGGCGAAAAAGAGGCGAUGAAGGAGGAACGUAACGCGACCAUACAAAAUCUAGUUGAGAAUAUCCUCAAGAUUAUUGAGCCCUUCGCAAAGUUGAUCAUAGGGCGGAUAGCUAUGAGCAUUUCCUCCGGGAAAUGGAAGACAUCUUGGAAAGAGCAAUCGCCAUGGACCGCGAUAUUUGCGGUCAGGCCGCUGAUGUUACCUGGAGCUUUGGCCCUGAUGUCCCUUAUCAGUUCGAUGCUGCGACCAUGGCGGUAG